GUUAACACAAGACCUAACCCAGCCAAUGACUGUGCUCAAGUUGUUCCAGACUCAAUGGCCAACAACAGCUUAAAAACAUCUUCUGCUGAGUUUAAGAGAAUCUUGACAAAUGGGCAGAUAAAUGCCCAAGAUAUCCACUAUCGGGAGCAACUUGGUCAUGGAAACGGAGGCACAGUUUACAAAGCGUACCAUGUUCUCAGCAAGCGGGUAUUAGCGGUCAAGGUGAUUCCUUUGGAUAUCACAGUGGAAUUACAGAAGCAAAUCAUGUCCGAAUUAGAAAUACUCUAUAAGUGCGAUUCACCCUACAUCAUCACUUUCUUCGGUGCCUUUUUUGUAGAGAACAGGAUAUCCAUAUGCACAGAGUUUAUGGACGGCGGAUCCUUGGACGUCUAUAAAAGAAUUCCAGAGCAUGUGCUGGGCAGGAUUGCGGUGGCCGUGGUAAAAGGCCUGACAUAUUUGUGGAGCCUGAAGAUACUUCACAGAGAUGUCAAGCCUUCCAAUAUGCUGGUAAACACCCGAGGACAAGUCAAGCUGUGUGACUUUGGUGUCAGCACACAGUUGGUAAAUUCUAUUGCCAAAACCUAUGUGGGAACCAAUGCAUACAUGGCGCCAGAAAGAAUAUCAGGAGAACAGUAUGGGAUCCAUGCUGAUGUGUGGAGUGUGGGCAUCUCUUUCAUGGAGCUGGCACUUGGCAUGUUCCCCUAUCCACAAAUUCAGAAAAACCAAGGAUCUUUAAUGCCACUCCAGUUACUGCAAUGCAUCGUUGAUGAGGACCCUCCUGUGCUUCCUGUGGGCCAGUUCAGCGAGACGUUUGUUCACUUCGUCACUCAGUGUAUGCGGAAGAACCCCAAGGAGAGACCGGCACCUAAUAACCUUAUGGAUCAUCCCUUCAUUGUGCAGUAUAAUGAUGGGAAUGCCGAGGUGGUGUCCAUGUGGGUGUGUCGCUGUCUGGAGGAGAGACGAGCUCAGCAGACGCAGUGA